UAUUCUCGGCACAGCUGUAGAUCUUUUCAUGUUUUUACAGAAGUAUCAGUGAACUUGAGUGAACUCAUCAGAAUGUUACAAUUACGGAGGUUAUUUCAAUGAUCGCGUAAUGUCAGUUGCGACUGACGCAUCAGCGUUUUUCGCAGCGCGCUAUUUUUACGGAAUGAUGUCAAACGGAUAAAUUAUGCCACGAAAGGAAAACACCAAAGCAAAAACAUGGGAGAGAGACAGAAGAAAACGUAUGAAUGCAUAUUUCAAAACCCUAGCGGAUUUGCUGCCACCACAUCAAGAAGGUCGCAAACGCAACAAAGUCGAUAUUCUCAUCCAUGCAUCAAACUAUAUAAAAGACCUCCAUAGUCGUACGGAAGAACUAUUCUCUAUGCAUGCUUCUGAAGCACACAAAGAAGAAUUGACUCGUUUAAAGAAGCUUGUGAGUCAACUAAUAUCUCGUACACAUUUACUGUCAAGUCUUCUCAAGGAAGCAGGGAUUUCUGUGCCAGCUGAGCCAGCUCUUGAAAAAAUAUCUCCUUUGAAAUGGUCAAAUAAAAUCAAUAUUGAUGAUAUAGAGAAAUAUUUUGAUAAGAUUGAAGAAAAAAAAAGUUUAGAAAAGAAAAGGAAGGAGAAGCCAGUAGAAUUUAAAGUGCCUUCUAAGAGAAAAUCCAUGACAUCGUCAACUCCAAAAAAAUUGUCUGAGGAAGCUGCUGUUGCUAAGACUAUCUGCAAUUCAAUAGAAAAUCAAGAGAAUCGAGUGAAUUGUGCCAAUGGUAAAAACUAUAAUUCUGAUAGUACAAGUAGCAUAGCUGAAAAUGGAUUGAAGGAAACGGAACAUUGUCAAAAUGGUUCUACCAGCGAGGCAGUCACAACUAGCACGUUAAAUGCAAAGAAAAAGGCUGUGGACAAGAAAACCGAGUCGCAAAAAGCAUUAAGGAAAAAAAGUAAGCGUAAGAACGAGAAAAAGUCAACAUUGCGGCAUAUGGCCAGCACGGUCGCAAAUUUAGCCCCGAACACGCUUAUAUUGUCCGGUGGGAAAUUGAUGCCACUGGUGACUCCGAUGACAUCGAAUAUCAUCGUCAAUACGCAGCAGGCGUCUACAAACCCGAUAAUUCUCGGUAGCACGCAACAGAGUCAGAUGAUCGUGAUGCAACCCUUAUCGAAUGGUGUCCAAAACACCGUUGUCUCUAUAUGCAAUCACGCGCUGAUCAACACCGUGCAGAAAGUCACUCUAAACACUGUGCCGAGUAUUCGCGCGAACAUGGUCGUUGAUUCUCACAAUUGGGCGUCUAAUGUGAAGAACAUAAUCAACGCCACGAAAAUCGGCGGGCACAAGGGUAUACUACCGAAAGGCAAAGAAGUCACAAAGACUACCAUGACUUAUAAGGUGCCUAUCCCGGCGAUACAUAAAGACAAGAUGGACAAGCUUAAGGAGAAUACGAAUAAGAAAGAACCGGAAGUGAAAACGAAGGGUAAUAGGAGCCACUCGAAGAGCCACAGAAGCUCAACGGAAACAACCGAGGAGGACAAUGAGAAGAAAUCGCCGAAAGACUUGACUACAAAGACUCAUGAUGACACGAUCAUGGCGCGGAAAGGCGUGUUUAAGCGCGGCUUGUCACCGGAAGCCGACUUCGCGGAUGAGCCGGAGGAUAAGAAGCGCAGGGAGAACGAUAAUAACGACGGGAAAGCCAAUCAACUCGCAACGUCGAAAGCGUCAGAUUUUACCGCCACUUGUAAGUCUAUCGAGAGCUUGAAGCACGUUAUAGAAAAAAUAGGCGAGGACAUCCAAGAGGAGCAUACAACUACGAAUAACGAGGGGGAAUCGGGCGUGAAGUUGAACGACGGGAUUUUAAUAGUUGCGGACAAGGCCGAUCACGAGGAUCACAAGGAAGGCUCCAAAGCGUCGAAACUGGUGAACGUAGUAGGCACUAGCUGCUUUGAGAUAGACAAGAAGAUGAACGAAAACGACAUCGUUACGUCGUCGCAUUCUGACGUCUCGGACAAGUUUCCAGGUGAGUUGCUGAAAGCGCACGAAACGGACGUGCCUGACCGAUCGUCCAACGACUUCAACAUGUCGAUAGACAGUAUGGUGGAGAAGAGUGGCGAAGCUACGGGCUCGAAUCGGCUCGAAUUGAGCUCCAAGUCCACCUUGACGGACGUUGAAGCAGUGGAGAAAGCUGUCGGCUCGGAAGGCUCGAAGGAAGUGUGCAAUUUGGGAACACGCUUUGACAGUCUGUUACGCGUCACCACAGCGAAGGAACGACAACAAGUUAGUGACGCAGCGAUGAGCGGCGCGGAAAGUAACAAGAUCCUCCUGAACUUGGACACAAACACCACGACAGCAAUGAAACCUGACCUAGGUGCAAAUAUCGUUUCGUCAUCGUCAUCGUCAUCGUCAUCGUCGUUGCUACCUGUGGUCAACGACGACACUAAAUCGACAAAAAAAGACGAAAUGUCCAAGUCGUUGUCGUACACCAACGAGAACACGUUCGUACCGAUCGGCAACAGAUCGGAGGGAUUACACUCAGACCUCGACAACGAUAUAUUUGCAUCGUUGCAGGUACCCUCUAGCUCGCAUAAUCCGGAAUCUAUGUCGCCUACAGCAGCGUUCCUCAUGGCGUUCCCGCUGGUGACGUCUCUGAACGGCAAAACCGAGGUUCUCGACGAAGAGAUGAAAGAAGACUUCAAAUAUCACAGUCAGACCCCGCCAAUGUUGUUACAGAUCGGCACUAUGGAGCCAAACAGCUUCAAGAUCAAGACGUCUUCGUCACACGCGAUCGCGGAGAAACGUCUGAAAGCGUCCUGCGAGGACAAGCAGAACGGUACGGCAACAUCCGUGAAUGUAAGCUCGACGAAUCCGGGAAUGAUCGUUCCUGUUGAUUGCGGUGCGACCAAGAGCUUACCAAAGGUGGUGAACGAGGAGACGCUGCGAGAGCCAUAUAAGAUAGUGCAGACCUGUCUAGCGACAACCUUGGAGAAACCCACUGUGGCGACCACCAGCACGUUCUCCACUCACACCUCGGUCAAUUUCUCCGUCGUGGAUCCCGUGUGUAUUGUCGACAACUCGCCGAGUCGUCAGAGUCAAUUGGCGACGAGAGAUCACGAUGCAAUACCUAACACGCUGAACAGUACCAAUGUGAUCGCGUCUCAGACGUCUCGGGUGAACGUUUCGACGUCGGCAGGCAACAAGGAAAAUGUCGCAGAUUGCGCGUCUCAAAGCACGAGCUCGAGUCGCAUCCCCGACGUGACGUACUCGGGGUCGCAGGGCUUCGUACCGAAUUACUCGACAGUAGUUGCAGGUAACAGUCUCGGCAACACGUUGCAACAGUCGACCUUGUCUGUGACGUUCACGAAUGCCAUCGCGACAACGCAAGACUCGAACUCCACCGUCAUUCCGCGCAGCGGGGCCACCGAUGCUUCCCAGAGCAUGUUGAGCACACGUCUAGACAACGUCGCGACCGCGACGAAUUCUUCGCCCGCAGGCCUACGCUCCGUGCAAGUGGACUAUCCAGGUCAGACGAAGGAGAAGGAAUCGCAGAGCUCGUCCGCGCAUAACGUUAUCUACCCGUCGCACAGCAAGGAAGCGCUCAUCGAUCCCGGUAUGGUGUCCGUCGAUCACCGAUCCGCCGAUUAUGCCAAUCAGGUGGACCGAAGUCUUCCCGCGACAUCUCAGAGCUUACAGAGCUACUCCGCGCAAGCCAAAGAAUCCUCUCUUCCGAUUCUCCUUGCUCAAGAUAUGCAGCCUGUCUACAAUCAGACCAAGGAGAGCCACGUUUUGCUGAAUCUGAACACUUCUCGGCAGACGUUCCCCGUACACAAGAAAGAGCACGUUAUCGCGAAUUCCCACAACGAUUACGUCGCGGACCAGGCGAAAACGAUGGCGACGCAGAAGGACUCGAUAUCGUAUGCAACCGGUGGCGAUAGCGAGACAAACGCUUCGUCACGGAAUCACGGUUACGGAAUUACGAAGACCAUGAACCAAACUUCCUCUGAGAAUCCCUUCCAACGAAGUUACUCCAAGCUGAGCAAGAGCACCGACAUGUCAGACAAUUCAGCGAUGAGUCGAGAGACGAAACUGAGCGACGUGCUGGGCUCCAAGUCCCAAGAGCAACACAGUCACGUGCGCGACUCCGCGAGCUAUGCUUCCACGAAGAAGCUGGACGUGGAUCAGUUCGUUCAGUCGUUUCAAUAUGAGGUGAAGGAGGCGAUGAACAACCAGCCGGAGCGCAACAUCCUAAACGCGAGCACCGACGAUAUGUUCACCGGCAAACGCGACGACGCGCACACUUACGUUUCUUAUGCCAGCAAGGACAACAAGAAGAGCAAUACUGUAGCGUCCACCAACACCAUGGCCAGCAACAAGCCGAUGGUGCAGCAAAGCGUAGUGCCACGUUACUCGCAGACAUUCGUCAACACGUCCAGUUACGAGCAGAGCACAGCGACGGAGAAUCAUGCCAAGUCCACCACUACCAUCGCUCACAACGCAUCCAAUAUCAACAUCGUGUCGUGGACGACGCUCUUGCCGUCGUCCAACGGCGGCGGCAGCGGCAACAACCCGGUGCACUUCGAGCAUGCUCCGCAUCCAAGCAAUAAUACCGAGGCGAAAAAUAUCUGCGACAACUACAGCUACAUACAAGCUCUGCACAAAGAGAAUCCGAAUUUCCCCAGUCAUGUGUUGGCUAGCGACAGUUAUCCCAACAGCUCGACGAUCUCCGGGAUGGAUAAGCCCAGGGGGAAGAUGGAAUCGCAGAAACAGUCUUUCGUCGAUCCCUCGAAGAAUAGGAAUGAUCCGUCGAACGUCACGUCGGUGGCGAAGCAGAGUAGGAUGCAGAAUCAACAGAAUGGUAACAAUUACAAGUAUACCGACAGCGGCAAGAGCAAGAACAAGUACGCUAUGGACUCCUCGGAUUAUAUGUCGAACGAAUACACUGCCAUGGAUCAGCAGCAGCAGCAGCAGCAGCAGCAUACACCGAAGAACCAUCAGAGCCUAUCAUCCAAGCAAGAGAAGACUGUAUACAACAUGCCGAGUUACGAUCCUCAAAUCAAUUUCGAUUUAGCAGAGAACAGCAUACAAAUCAAAUAUUCCGUCGAGGCUUACGCCGGUGCGAAUUUCAAAUAUACCGAGAAGACUCAGCAGCAGCAGCAGCAGCAGCAGCAGCAGCAGAAUCAACACAAGUAUCAGCCGUUAAGCCAAGGUCAAAUUUCCAAUUUGCCGCACGACAGCAGCAGCAGUUACAACAGCGACAUGAAACAUGGCCAGCAGCAGCAGCAGCAGCAGCAGCAAUCGCAUAACAACAGCGGCAAUAACAAAUCCAAGGGAAAUCAGCAUCAGCACGCGAUCAAGGCGCCGGUUAACUGGAUGAUGACACCGGAGGUCAAGCACAAUACUAAUAUCGAUAUUAUCCUACCGCCGAUCGGCAAGGAAUUAGAGUUCUGUCCGAACAAUCUGUUCGCUCAGACAUCCAACUACAAUCAGGUUGGCACGCCGAAUCAGUUUUACAACAAUUACGACGUCGCUGCGCACAGUUUCUCGAAUUUGCCAGUCCUGCAAAGCAACGAUCCGAAGCGACCGACAGAUAUCUUUUACUCCGAGGAACAGCCGUUCCCUUGGUCGCCGACGAAGAGCGGUGUGCACAACGUGGAGCACGGACAAUCGUCGGUCAAGUGCAUCGACCAGCAUAUUGUGCCGUCGAGUCUGCAGACUCUGGUGAGCGACCUCGAUCUUGGUGUCAAUCUGACGGAAAAGCAGAACUUCUUGUUCGGCGCGGCGCCGUCUUCUAGGCUCACUGCGGAGCCGGGCAAAGAUGUUAUCAAGGAAAAGGAGACGAACGUGCAGGGGCGAGACUUUCAUGUGAUGCUGAAUUCGCAGAACGCUCAACAUCCGGCUUCCACCACCUUCCUGUCCGUGAGUCAGCUUGUGGAGCACGAGAAGGCGGAGAAGUCCCAUCAGCAGCAAAAUCAUCAACAUCAUCAUCAACAUCAUCAUCCGCAUCAACAUCAACAUUCGCAGCAGCAGCAACAGCAACAGCAACAACAACAAGCCAGGAAACAUCAGAGAAAGAGUAACACGAGCCCUAGAACUACCAGUAAACGACAUAUGGACAUUCGCAAGUCCACGACGACCAAUGACAGCUUGCAUCAACGACACGAAGAGCAAAAAUCGUCCGGGAAUGUGUUUACAGAGCAGAACUAUCAACAACCACCGCCGCCGCAACAGCAGCAGCAGCAGCAGCAGCAGCAGCAGCAAAAGUAUCAGCAGAACAAUGUACAUUGGAGAAAUAGAAAUUGCAAGAGCAACUACACCGCAGAGGCGUUAAUUGGCACUAGCAUUCACGACGGUAGUCAUCAGGAUAAACAUGCGUCAAUCAAGUUCACGGCGAAUUAUUCGCAAAACAAAUUCCAGAGCAGUUUAUCCAGCGCGGACGCCGCAGUGAUGCCGAUAAACUAUUUCCCGAGCGCGGAUGAUGGCACUGGUUACGGUCAGAUGAUGAAUCAAAAUUUCAACUCGUACGCGUACUCGUCUAAUGCCAAUUCCAUUUACCCUUCGAGCAAUUUCAUCACCAGCAUCUCCAAUGCACCCAACAGCUACAUGAUGCCGCUUCAUGAGAAUGCCACCGAUUAUAUGGAGGCGAACAGUUUCCUAUUAUCAAACGUGACAAGCUCAUCGAAUGCCAGCACGGUCAACACUUCCGACACGAAUACGACCUCCACCACUGCUAAUACGGCGAAGAAUCAUUCGCCGCAUUACGGGAAGUAUCCCAACUGCGACAAACGUUCGUAUUCAAUCGCCGCGAAGAAGGGUAAGCGAAAGCCUCUCGACGGUCCGAUGCAAAACUUGGAGUUCCCCCCCUUGUCCAAUACAAAUUCACCAUUGGAAGACUACCAUCACUCGACCGGCUUUCUACCGCCGCCGCCGCCGCCAGCACCACCACCACAAUCACAAAAUCACACUCAAACAAAUGUCUACGCCAAGACUGCGAAUGGUCUUCCGCCACCGCCACCGCCGCCGCCAGCCGUAGCGGGGACUCAGGGUGUCACAAUCGUAGGUGCAUCAGGUUUUUCGAUGAACUCCAACAUGGUGCGAGGAGUCGUUUCGAGUAGUCCGAUGGCGAUGCCGCAUCAUCCAUCAGGCACCAGUCUUACUAACUUCAAUCUGAGCACAAUAUUUCCUGAAAUGAACGACAAGGUUACCGGCUACAAACCCUCAAAUGGUAUACCACCUGGUCUGUCGCAAACGUCUAAUCAGCCUACGGCUUAUGCGCAACGAACUAAUUACCCAUCGAACUCCCUGUGUCAUUUACCGCAGGUCUGUUUAUAGAGCUCGCACGCAGUCCGUAUCCGAUUAUACGUGAGUCUACGGAUAGCGUAUAUAUAUGCAGGCUGUCUGACAACGUCAGUAACGCUUCUAUACCAACUUCGUCAGCAUUCCGUGUUCCGUGUAUUGAGAAGGGAUAUCUAUAUAUUGAAAAAGGGAAGAUUAUGAGCGAGUUAUACACAAGAGCGCGUUGAAAAUGAAAUCGAAGUACGUUAGAAGCUUACACUUCGCUACAAAGUUAUAACAAACUUAUGUAGCGCAAGGGAAACGAAGAAAUGAAAUUCUUGGCUGUCUCUAACAAUCUCCAGAAAGAUAGUUAGUAACGGUAUGUCGGAAAAGUUUCUACAGGCAGCACGACACUCGUCAGAUAUCCUGCACGAUACUUGUAUUUGUAUGAAAGCAUGCGGUU